AUUGGAGUGACCUUGACACAGCUCAAAAAGCUGAGUAAUUUUGGAAAACUGACUGGCUUCAUUCUCGAAAAAUCCUAGAUAGCAGCUUCCAAACCCUUCAAAUAUCACAAUGCUCAUAGAUGGAAAACCUCGGUGGAACUGGCCGUGAUUUGUUCUCAUGGAGUUUAAAAGAGCCAAAGUUGUCGUAGGAGGCGAUUCCGGUGUUGGUAAAACAGCUUUGGUACACUUGAUAUGCAAUGGACAAACUCUUCUUCAUCCUUCGUAUACAAUUGGUUGUAGUGUGGAUAUAAAAGUUGUCGAAUUUUCAAUUCAUGUAUACAAUAGUGAUCCUGAAAAAGAACAUCCAUAUUUCAUUGAAUUAUGGGACAUUGGCGGAUCAAACAGUCAUGAGAAUACUCGUUCGAUCUUCUAUCAAAAUUUACACGGACUAAUAUUAGUCUACGAUUGUACAAAUAAGAAAUCACAAUUGAAUUUAAGAAAAUGGUUAUCUGAUGUAUUGGGGAAACCAGUUUUAAAGAGACCGGAGAUAGAUAUUGGAGGAGUAACAGCGGCUGCAGAUGGUAUCACUGCUCCUAUUACUACUACUAGUAGUUAUUGUGGCGGUGUAAGUAGUGAAAAAUAUGGUAAUCUAAAAGCAAAUAUAACAAAUCAAAUGACCACUCUUCUGCCUAUCUUAAAUACAGAAACUUUGGUCAGUCGAUCUUUCACAUCGUCAUCGGAAUCACAAACAAGUAACAAUAAUCAGCAUAAUAUAAACUAUAUAACUAACACAGUCUAUCCACCUAUUCUUGUUAUUGGUACAAAAUUCGAUUUACUCAGUUCACAUAGUCGACGGUCUGUGAAUAAAUUCACAUCACGUUUUAAUCUAUCUACGUCACCAUAUAUCCAAAAUGAAUUACCAUCAGCUGGUAAUUAUCAUCCAUGUGUUCCAAUGACGCCCAGAUCAUGUAUAUCGUCUGUGCAGUUUUUUGGAAAUACUACACCAUCAACAACAACGUCAUUAUCGUCAUCGUCAACAUCAUGGAACUUAACAUAUCGUAAUAAUUAUGCAAAUGGCAGUGUUGGUGAUGAUCGCGAACCAACAAGUUCAAUGCUACAAUCGUUAUCAUCAUCAACGCAACAAAGUGUAUAUAUUGAUUUAAGUGAUAGUCAAAAACUUUCAUCGUCAUUGUUGACUUCACCAACAAAAGACAAAACAUGGAAUUUCGCCACAGAACAUGGAUUUUCAGAAAUUCUACUAAAUUGUAAUUCAGUCGCUAGUAUAAGUCCCGGAAGUCCACAAGAUCUUCUAUUAAAUCGAUUUUUUGAUGAAGUAAUCAAUUACAAAUUGUUUUCCAUGUCAAUGAAUUGUAAUUUAUCACCUGAUCUAUCCCGAGUUAAACGACGUCCAGUGGAUUCACGCAACAAUAUGUAUAAAUACAAUUGAAUUGUGUAUAUUUAUGCAUACAAACUCUGUAUAUUGAUAAUAUUUUUUCACAGGAAACUUCCUUCUAAUCUGCUUAUAUCAUCAAGCAGUUAUUGGUUGUUAAAACGAUUUAUGAUAUUUUAUAUACAAAACCAUAAUCAUUCACUAACAUUCCUUUUCUGUUUGUUCGUUUAUUAUUAUUUUUUCUAUUGCUCAUUUUAAUUGUCUAUUUAGCCAUCCAUUGAUGUUUUCAAUUAUGGGAUCUUCUGUUCUAGUUAGUUUUGUUUUGAAUUUGUAAAGGAUUUAAUUUUCCUCUUUUUUUUACAUAUAUACUACUGCUAAUACUACUAUUCAGACAAUAAAAACAAAGAUAAUAACAACUUAAGUUAUUUUUAUUGCGAAUAAUUUAUUUUUCUUGUCAAAAGUUUUACACAUUUGUACUUGCGUUGGCUCAAAUUUUGUUUCCAUAGGACAUAUUGGCAACAAAAAAUAAACGAACACAUGCACAUGAGAAUUUUUAAAGAUAUUUUCUGAUUUCAUUUUGAU